AUGGUUUUAACAAACAAAAAUAAUAUCAACAAGCCUAAGGAAAGUGAUAUCAUAACAAGUGCUAAUAGUUAUAAGGACUGUGCUAGUAACAAUAUAGCUAACUUCAUUAGUCCUACUUCUAUUAUUACCACUGAUUCACAUGCAAAACAUAUUACUAUAUCUGAAGAAUCAAAUACUAACAAAAAUGAUAUCAACAAUAAAACCAUUCCUAAAAUUGAGAAUGAAUUUGACAGGUCAAUAGCUACAGAAACACCAUAUUAUUAUCAAGUUGCAACACCAAGAUCGCCUCAUGAAUUCACCUUUUUAGAUAAACUUUCCAAUAAUGAGGAGCAAGAAACUUUUGAUGCUGAACAGCAUGCAAAGUUUCUUAUUGCUAAAAGAGAAAUAAUGAAUAAUAUCCAUUUAUAUAUGCUUCUAAGGUAUAAAGAUUGUCAUAGAUUGGAACAGGAUAUUUUACAUUGUAACCAAGAGAUUAAUUUACUAAAAAAACUUUACUCUGUGGAUAUUAAUGAUUUAAUCACAUCAUCGCAACGUCGUACAUGUACAAAUAUUAACACUAAUACCAAUAAAAAGCCUAAUUCCACAACUUUCCAUAAAGCAGCUGCUAAAAAGGCGACAAAAUGCAUCCAUAAGCCAAAGAAGGAUCAUAAGAAAAAACAAACUACAACAAUAAUGAAUAGCGGUGUUAUUGGAAAGACAAGUGAUGGCGUAACCGUUUUUAAAAGAGUAGAUGGUAUAUUAAUAAUAUUAAAGUGUGAAACUUGUGGUAAAGAAGGUUUUACUUCAGCGCAAGGGAUUGUAAAUCAUUGUAGGUUGAAACAUUCAAAAUUAUACUCUAGCCAACCAUUGGCAAUUUUAAAUAACCAAAAGAUAUUACCUAUACAAAGUAUGAAAAUAUUGGACAAGUUUAAUGAAUUAAACCUUGACCCACAAAAAAACUUUUUGCCUUUUGUUGCUGUUACAUUACUACCACUAAAUGCUACUGAUUCAUCGGAAGUUUUAGAUUCUAAACUUGAAUUAGUAAACAAGGAAGAUAGCAAUAACAGUGGUACUUGCGUUAUAUCUGCAGAUACUAGCAAUGCAAGCACUAUUUCCACUACCGGCUCUGAUGAAGUUCCUAAUAUUGAUACUACCAAUAGGGGAGCAAAAGGUAUUCUGCUGGGGCAUUUAAAGGAAAAAUUUCCCGAUAGCACAAGUCUAAUUAAAGACACUGUGGAAUAUAUCAAAGAUUAUGAAAAUGAUGCCAAAAAUACUAUUGAGUUAGAGAAGACUGCUGCCAAUGUCACUACUGAUAUAAAUGUUGGCUCCGGAAAAUUUGAGCAUAGGAAAUCUGAUGGUGAAAGUGUUACUAUAGAUCCCGAUACAAAAAACACUGGUCAUAUUAGCGAUAGUAGUAACAAUGAGCGUAAGGAUAGAUAUGGUGACAGUGCUUUACAUAACUUGAGAAAGAGAAGAAGAUGUUUACAUUAUAAUUUAAGGAGCAACAUCCCUUAUAGAUCUAAAAGAUGGGACGAUUACGAACUGUCAUGA